UCCAAAAUGUAUAAGAUCAUCGUUCUGGUUGUCUGUUUGUCUGUUGUUGCCUCUGCCCAUUACUAUGGAGGAGAUCAUGGCCAUCAUGAGGAUCAUCAUCAUUCCCAUCCGAAGUAUAAAUUCGAAUAUGGCGUCAAGGAUGGACACACCAAGGAUCACAAGAGUCAGUGGGAACACCGGGACGGAGAUCUGGUGAAGGGACAGUACACUUUGGAUGAAGCUGAUGGAACUCAUCGUGUUGUUGACUACACCUCGGAUCAUAAGACCGGAUUCCAGGCUCAUGUUCAGCGGAAGGGACAUGCCCAUCACCCACAUGGAGAGAGCUGGGUGAAAAUUGAUCAGCAUUACUAA